CGGCGCGAGGCGGGGAUCCGGGACGCGGGGUGACUGGAGAUUGGCCGGCAUGGGCAGGGCGGCCGGGUGUGCCAGUUCCUAGGUCCCGGCAGGCGAUGGCGUCCGGCGGCUGGUGCUGGCUGCGCGGCCUUUGGGCCGCGGGGCAGCCCCUGUUCCAAGGCCGUGCGUUGCUCGUCACCAACACGCUGGGCUGCGGCACUCUUAUGGCGGCCGGGGAUGGAGCGCGCCAGUCCUGGGAGAUCCGCGCCCGGCCCGGCCAGAAGUUUGACAUGCGGCGCUCAGCGAGCAUGUUUGCUGUGGGCUGCAGCAUGGGCCCUUUCCUGCACUACUGGUACCUCUGGCUGGACCGCCUGCUCCCUGCAUCUGGCUUCCGUGGCCUCCCAAACGUCCUCAGGAAGGUCCUCGUCGACCAACUGGUGGCCUCUCCCAUGCUGGGCGUCUGGUACUUCUUGGGCCUUGGCUGCCUGGAGGGCCAGACCCUGGGCGAGAGCUGCCAGGAGCUGCGGGACAAGUUCUGGGAAUUCUACAAGACUGACUGGUGCGUGUGGCCUGCUGCGCAGCUGGUGAACUUCCUCUUCGUGCCCCCCCAGUUCCGAGUCACCUACAUCAACGGCCUGACGCUGGGCUGGGACACAUACCUCUCCUAUCUGAAAUACCGGGUCCCUGCCGCAUCUGUCCGGCAAGGCUGACCCCAGCCCUGACGGGUGGAGGAGGGUUCAGUGAGGAGCCCAGAGGGAUGAACAAAUGCCUGUAACCAGAUCCUCUUGUGUGGACAGAUCCCAGGCCCCCCAGCGCCCCCAGGCUGUGUGGCCCUGGGCACUGUGCAGACUGAGCUGCCCCACACUGCCACCACAUGCCGGCCAGGGCAAGACUGACCCUCAGCUGACCAGCCGCCUGGGCAGGAAGGGGAACGGACUGCUGGGCCCAGUCCUAGGCCCACCCUGAUUCCUAGGCAUCCGGUUGGGCUGCCCCUUCCAAGCCCACUGCCGGGCCUCUGUUUCUCCAUCUGGAACACAACCAUGAAGAUGGACCGUCAUCCCCCAACCCUUCUGGGAGAGCCUCAAGUGACUGGUGACAGACGUUCCACCCUCAGCACUGGGCCUCAGCCAGCCAGCUAGUACCAAGCCCUCAACACUCCUGCGGGCUGGACCCUGGGACCAAGGUGGGGACAUCGCCCAUACACUUGGAGAAGGGCCCCCAGAAUUUGGAGCCUUGGGUGGGGUAUGUAGCCUCCAGUCUCAUCCUCUGUUCGUGGACUAUGGAAGUAUAGAGAAUUAAAUUCUCUUUGUAAUUGAAAA